AUGUCCAAGAUUCUAACGGUUUUCGGAGCCACCGGCAACCAAGGCGGUUCCGUCGUGAGGGCUAUCCUUGGCGAUGCCGCCUUUUCCAGCCAGUUCAAGAUCCGAGCCGUCACCCGCAAUGCCACCAAGCCUGCGGCAAGGGCCUUGCAGGCCAUGGGAGCAAAAGUCGUCGCAGGCAACAUGUCAACGUUCGAGUCGGUCGCUCCAGCGCUCCAAGGCGCUCACACCGUCUUUCUCGCCACCAACUUCUGGGAGUCUACCAAUGCCGCCACCGAGAUAUCCCAGGGCAAAGCCGUUGCCGACGCCGCAAAGGCAGCGGGAGUAAACCACUUCGAUAGCAAAGCCAAGAUCGAGCAAUACAUACGCGACAGCGGCAUUCCAAGCACCUUUGUACUCCCUGGCUGGUAUGCGUCCAAUUUCUUCCAGGCCAUCCAAAAGAGCGAGGAUGGCUCGUACCUGCUGCCUGCGCCUGUUGAUGUGGACAAGGCAAAGAUUCCGAUUCUCGAUGUUGUCGCCGAUACUGGGAAAUUUGUCAAGGCUGCCAUCAAGCACCACCCAAAGUACGUUGGCAAGCAUAUUUACGCCGCGACCAACUACUACAGUCCAUCACAGCUCCUUGCCGAGUUCUCAGAGGAAAUGCUAGAAAACUUUCUACUAACCGAGAACCCCGGUUACUAUGGAGGUGCGGGCUUGAGUGAGAGCUUGAGUCUGCUGGAUGAGACGCCUACGACUUGGAGAGAGUUUGUGGACAAGAAUAAAGCUAAAUGGCUUUGA